ACGCCUUCGUAAACACCUACUUAAACCCUUCAAUAAGAUUUUUAAACCCCUCAUAGCCUGAACAGUUACACAACCCGCUAUUCUAUUCUGCUUCUUCUACAACAUGAGCUUAACAAAACAAACUAAUCUCCUUCUUAAACCCCAAUAUCUCUUCCUCCUCCGUCGCCUCUCGACCGAACCCACUCCACCAGCACCAUCACAAUCACCAUCGCAACGGCCACCUCUACAGGACUCUGAAUCAUCAUCAUUAAUAAGCGAAGCAGUAAACCUCCUUCUCCAAACCCCACAUAAUGAAUGGACCUCCUCUUCUGAACUCAAUCACCUCCUCUUUUCUUCCUCUCCAACUCCUCGUCUUUUCUUAAAAAUCAGCCGUCACUUUCCCUCCUCUUCACAAGCCCUCACUUUCUUCAAUUAUAUCAAAUCCAACUCACUUUCACAACAAAACACCCAAAUACUCUCUUCCACCUUUCAAGCCAUUUUCGAGCUCGCCAGUCGUGAACCGGAUUCGUAUAACAAGCUCUGUGACCUUUAUAAGGAAUGCAAAGACCAAAAUGUUCCUCUUUCUAUUAAUGCCGCCACACUUCUCAUUCGCUGCUUUGGAAAGGCCAAUAUGGUUGAUCAGUCGCUACUGGUGUACAAUGAACUUGAGCCCAAUAUUAAAAACACUCAUAUACGCAAUGUGUUGAUUGAUGUAUUAAUAAGAGACGGGCGGUUUGAUGACGCGCUCAAUGUGCUCGACCAAAUGCUUCAGCGGGAAUCCGAAUUUCCGCCUAAUGAUGUUACUGGGGAUAUUGUUUUCUACGCGUUAAUGAAGAAGAACCGCAUCAGGAGGAAUGUGAGUGAUGAGGAAACAGUUAGUUUGGUGUAUAAAUUUGGUGAACAUGGAGUUUUUCCUAACGUGGUUUGGUUAACACAGAUAAUUUUCAGACUUUGUAGAAAUAAAAAAACAGGUGUAGCUUGGGAUGUUUUGCAUGAUUUGAUGAAAUUGGGCGCUCCUAUAGAAGUGGCUUCUUGCAAUGCGCUCUUGAGUGGUUUAGGAAAGGCUGGGGAUUUUAAGAGAAUGAAUCAGUUAUUGUUGGAGAUGAAGGAAACUGAUAUUCAGCCGGAUGUUGUGACCUUUGGAAUUUUAAUUAAUCGGUUAUGUAAAUCGUGGAGAGUUGAUGAAGCUUUAGAGGUGUUUGAGAAAAUGAGUGGAAGCAAAGAGAUAGAUUGGGUUCCUAUUGAACCUGAUGUAAUCAUUUAUAAUACUUUGAUUGAUGGAUUUUGUAAAGCAGGGAGGGUAGAAGAAGGAUUGGGUCUGAUGGAAAGGAUGAGAUCACAAAACAGUUGUAAGCCUAAUGUUGUUACCUACAAUUGCCUGAUUGAUGGGUUUUGUAAAGCAGGCAAUAUUGAGAGUGGGCAAGAGCUUUUUGAUCAGAUGAAGGAGGAAGGAAUUGUGCCUAAUGUGAUCACUCUAAAUACUUUGAUUGAUGGCAUGUGUAGACAUGGAAGAAUCAAUAGUGCAGUUCAACUUUUCAAGGAGAUGAUGAGGAAAGGCUUGCAUGGUAAUGCUGUUACUUACACGACCUUGAUCCAUGCUUUUUGUAAUGUUGGCAAUAUUCAAGAGGCAAUGGCAUGGUUCCAUGAUAUGUGUCAAGCUGGGUGCUCUGUGGAUGCAAUGGUUUACUAUACCUUGAUCUCUGGUUUGUGUCUGGCUGGAAGGGUGGAUGAUGCCAGUGUUGUAUUAUCUAAGUUAAAAGAAGCUGGUUUGUGCCCUGAUAUUGUGUGCUACAAUGUUCUGAUUGGUGCGUUUUGCAGGAAGAAAAUGUUGGAUAAAGCUUAUGAGAUGCUUACAGAAAUGGAGGCUGCUGGAAUUAGGCCUGAUUGUGUCACGUAUAACACUUUGAUUUCCUAUUUAUCUAAAGCCGGGAACUUUUUAGCUGCUCGUAGAGUGAUGAAAGAGAUGCUUAACGAUGGUUUUGUGCCUACUGUUGUUACAUAUGGAGCUAUAAUACAUGCAUAUUGCUUACACGGAAUGGUGGAUGAAGCCAUGAAGAUUUUCACAGACAUGAGUUCUGCAUCAAAGGUCGCACCAAACACUGUGAUAUACAACACUCUGAUAGACUCACUGUGCAAGAAUAAUCAAGUAGAACUUGCUCUUUCUCUAAUGGAUGAUAUGAAAGUUAAGGGGGUGAAGCCAAAUACUACGACGUUUAAUGCCAUGUUUAAAGGCCUUCGGGAGAAGAAUAUGUUGGAUAAAGCAUUGAAAUUGAUGGACAAAAUGACUGAGCAUGCUUGUCAUCCUGAUUAUGUAUCAAUGGAGAUUCUUACAGAAUGGUUUUCUGCUGUCGGUGAAACAGAAAAAUUAAGAAAAUUUGUGCAAGGAUGUGAGGUUUCUGCUGCCCCUGCAUAGAAUGGAUGUAGUUGAGAGGUUAUGAUUUCUGGAAAUUCACCUGCUGAGUUGGGCCAACCCAAGAGAUAUUUGAAAACAAUUUCAAGCUCCAAAUUUUCUGAGCCUAUAGUUUCGCCAUUCUGCGAAAUUUCAGUCCUUGCUGCAUAUACCCUCCUGCAGUAACUGAGGGACGAGCUAUUUAUUCUUGGGAUACAUGUCAUGUGGCCUGAGAUGUAUGCAAUUCAAUUUUUACUUUUGACAAUAAAGGAGAAAUGCUAGUAAUCUGAUGUUAAAUUUUCUGAUUUGCUCAUGUUUUGGUUGUGGAUUACAUGCCGAGGAUUGGUAUUAAUAAUAGUAAUUUGAUGUACAUGUUCAAAUUAGUCUAUUCCAACAAGAAUUGUUUCUGAAAUAAGUAGAGCAUACGGAGUUGCAUUUACAUGAA